UCCUUCGCUUCGCCUCUUUCCUCCACCCAAAGGUCUCCUGAUUGUAGGAGAGCUUCAACCCCCAAAUCACGACACAGAACAUGGAAAGCAUAUCAGACAGAAAGAAGACAGUCGUCUUCUUUCACCCCGAUCUUGGAAUCGGUGGUGCCGAGCGUCUUGUUGUUGAUGCCGCGCUGGGUUUGCAGAAUCGCGGUCACAAAGUGGUCAUCUUCACCAGCCAUUGCGACCAGAGUCAUUGCUUCGAGGAAGCACGCGAUGGAACCCUCGAUGUCCGCGUUCGCGGUAACUGGCCCAUCCCGUCGUCCAUCUUCUCCCGCUUUACGGUCCUCUGCGCCAUUCUACGUCAGCUCCAGCUCAUCACGCAAACCUGGCUGACAGGAGAGGUGCGCGGCAUAGGACCAGACAGCUUCUUCGUCGACCAGCUGAGCGCCGGCCUGCCCGUCCUGCAAUACUUCUACGCCGAAACCCCCAUCUUUUUCUACUGCCACUUCCCCGACAUGCUCCUGGCCCAAGGUCGCCAGAAUUGGUGGAAACGACUCUAUCGCCUGCCUUUCGACUGGCUCGAGGCCUGGAGCAUGGGCUUCGCGGCCGAAAUCGCGGUCAAUUCCGAGUUUACAAAGAGCGUCGCUACGUACACGUGGCCUUCGCUGGCUAAGCGGCGCGAUUUCAAAGUAGUCUACCCCUGCGUCGACCUUGCGCCGGAACAUCCCGCCAAGCCGGCUAAAGACGAGGGGGGAGAUGACGACGCGGUUUGGCGGGACGACAACAUCAUCCUCAGCAUUAACCGGUUCGAGCGCAAAAAGGACAUCGCCCUCGCCAUCAAGUCGUUCGCCUUCCUCACCAAGGAAAAGCGCAAGGGCGUCCGCCUCGUCAUCGCCGGCGGCUACGACCCGCGCUCGACCGAGAAUUUCGAGUAUCACCGUGAGCUGGUCGACCUGGCCAAGUCGCUGGGCCUGGAAUCCUUCACGGCGAAGAACAUCAUUACGGCACUCUCGGCGCCGCGUAAUAUCCCGAUCCUCUUCCUCCUCUCGGUGCCCUCGGCCCUGAAGGCGUCGCUGCUACGCUCGGCGAGGCUCCUCCUGUACACGCCCUCCAACGAGCACUUCGGUAUCGUGCCUCUUGAGGCGAUGCUGUCGGGCGUGCCCGUGCUCGCUGCGAACACUGGAGGUCCCCGGGAGACCGUGGUGGACGGCGAGACGGGCUGGCUGCGGGAGCCUGGCGACGUGGCGCAGUGGGCGGAGGUCAUCGAGCAGGUGCUCAACAAGACGAGCAAGGAGGAGCUGCGGCGCAUGGGCGAAGCGGGAGCCGAGAGGGUCAAGACGAACUUUGGGCGAGAGAGGCUGGCCGAAAGGCUAGAGGAGAUUCAGGGCAAGAUGAAGGCAACGUGGAUGGUAGAGUACCGUGCUGCUGUUUUCAUCUUUGGAGUCACCGUACUCGCUCCCAUUGUUGGAAAGUUGGCUGUGAUCUAUUCCCGGCGUAAUAAUCCUCGUGAGGAAUAUGCAAUGUAGGGGUGGUGUUUGUCAACAAUCUCAAGAGACCGAAUGUACUGUACCUUAGUGAUAAGUAAUAUUAUGGGUCUUUUG